UCAACAACGGUACACUACGUAAGUCCAUUUCACCCUCUACAGGCCAUGAGAGUUCACUCUUCUCCAACCCAGUCGCUGUUUUCCUUGUCUCGUAGACCCAUUACCAAAAACCCAAAUCCAGCUUCUAGUUCUAAGUUCUUCGAUGAUGCCAUCACAUAUCUUCACUUCCAUUUUCUCGCCAAUGCCGACGCUAUGAACCCAUAUUCGAUUUGUGGAAAAUUCCUUGAAACAGGCCUAUUCUUUGCUCCGAUUGAGAUUGACGUCGCCGCUGCUUCCAAUUUUCUCUUUCCGACCGCGAUGAGGACAUCCAGUCUUGUUCUCUUCUUUGGCAGGUCCUUGACUGCUGUUUGAGGUUCAGCCUGGUAGUGAUCGUCAUUUUUGUUUAUGGGUAUUGUGUCGUUUUCGGUUCAGAUACGGCCACUGCUCCUUUCUAUGUUAAGCCGUAUAAACGGUAGAGACAAACCACAGCGCCUAAGUUUUAAUCCUUUAUAUCUGUGUAAACUGGGAUUAUCAUCUCAGCGGGUGUUGUGUGUUGUAUCUGUCUGCUGAUGCCAAUAUGCCAUAAACUAUGUUUUGGACCACAGCCCACAGGUGAGGUGACUUUAGCUGCAUCUCAUAUAAAUUAAGCCAGCUGAUGGGGUGAAUUUUGCUUAGGUAUGAAUAUUAUUUCACUUAGAGCCUGUAUCAGGAACAAACUCACUUCCUCUAUACAUCUGAUCCAUACUCUAUCAUCCCAUGAGCCUUUCUCUGCUCUCAAACUCACACGUACAGCACUGACCAAGCCUUUAGACAAGGCUCUCAGAAUUCUAGACAUCAUAGCUCCCAAAACAGGUACUUCUGCCACUGGUCGCAAUAGCCAUCUUCGCCUAAUUCAAGACUUUUUGGAAACAAAUUCAAAUCACAUUAGUGAACAACACUUGAGCAGCGAUUUUUCUGCCUCCAGCUCAGCAGAGGGAAUCUCAAAUGGGCUUGAUGAAAUACUUGCAUCUUCUUUUCUGGACAAUGAGGAGCCUAAUGCUGUGUGUUUGAGAUCUGAUGCUGCCUCUUUGUCCAGUGCAUUGAGUUUGUGUGCUUCCACACGUGAUCUACAAGUUGGGAUUCAGUAUCAUUGCUUAGCAGUAUGUACUGGGUUUGUUGCCAAUGCCUAUGUAGGCAGCUCUUUGAUUACUUUAUAUGGCAAAUGCCGGGAAUUGGAUAGUGCGUAUAAAGUGUUUCAUGAAAUGCCUAUUAGAACUGUGGUGUCGUGGACAGCUAUCAUUUAUGGGUUUGCACAGGAAUGGCAGGUUGAUGUGUGUUUGGAGCUUUUCUCUGUGAUGAGAAAUUCAAAAUUAAAACCCAAUGAUUUCACAUUUACAAGUCUUUUGAGUGCUUGUACAGGCAGUGGAGCUCUUGAGCAAGGGAGAAGUGCUCACUGCCAAAUAAUUCGAAUGGGUUUUGAUUCCUAUUUACAUAUUGCCAAUGCUCUUGUAUCAAUGUAUUGCAAGUGUGGGAGUGUUCCAGUUGCAUUAUACAUAUUUGAGAACAUGUGUGAUAAAGACAUUGUGUCAUGGAAUUCAAUGAUUAGUGGGUAUGCGCAGCAUGGGCUGGCAGUGCAGGCAAUUCAACUUUUUGAAAAGAUGAAGAAUUUGGGCAUAAAACCUGACUCCAUUACCUUUCUUGGUGUUCUAUCUUCAUGUCGCCAUGCAGGUUAUGUUGAAGGGGGAAGGAAUUACUUCAAUUCAAUGGUUGAAUAUGGUGUGAGGCCAGAACUGGACCACUAUUCAUGUCUAGUUGAUCUUCUUGGCCGUGCUGGGUUGAUAGAAGAGGCAAAAGAUGUUAUUUCAAGGAUGCCAUUGUCUCCCAAUGCCAUUAUAUGGGGCUCUCUAUUAUCCUCCUGCAGGCUUCAUGGGAGUGUUUGGAUUGGUAUACAAGCUGCAGAGAGGAGGCUUUUGUUGGAACCAGAUUGCACUGCUACUCAUGUACAAUUGGCAAAUUUGUAUGCAAGUGUGAGUUGCUGGGAUCAGGCAGCGAGAGUAAGGAAAUUGAUGAAAGAUAGAGGGCUUAAAACAAAUCCUGGCUAUAGCUGGAUUGAAGUAAAGAACAAGGUUUGGAGAUUUAGAGCAGAAGACAGGUCCAACGCAAGAAUUAGUGAAAUUCUUAGUGUAUUGGAUUGUCUAGUAGACCACAUGAUAACUUUAGGAUACGUGCCUGAAAUACACGAGGAGGAAGUCAAUGAUGUUCUAUAUAACUGCAAUUAGCAGCAAGCAUUAUGCAAAAUGCUUCUUGUGCUUGUGCUCAGAAUCAAUCAUCAUUCAUACACAAGAUUGCCCUUUCAUUUUUCCAAUGGCAAUUUGGAAUCUGAGUAUUGAAACAAGCUUUGGGAACUACAAUUCUGAUUUCUUUCUUUAUAACUGACACAGUUGAUUUGGGUUGCUAUUUGGGAAAUUGAAAGGUUUUUGAAAGGUCUCAAAGGAAUCUGGGAGAAAGCGUUGAAGAUCAACUCCAAAAUGUUUCCAAUUACAGUGCCGAAGCAUUGCUUUAUUUCUUAUUGCCUUUGCACUUCCCACUGGUAUGCACAUUCCAAGCCUUUUCUUUUUUAAUUUGCUUUUCCUAAUUGUGGCAAUUUAGGAACUUUAGUGUCAUUUAUAUUAAGUGUUUGACUUGCUGUUUGUUUCUCAGAGUUCUUGAGAAGUGAAGCCUAGAAUGCAAAUUGUUGUUUAUAGAAUUAUUUGUGGUUGUAUUGAAUUAGGUUUUUCUUGGACUUUUUAUUUUGGCAAGGUAUUUAUGCAUAUCGAGAAUUGAAAUUAUUUUACUAAGCUAGGGUUAUAAGAGGAAUGUGAGCUGAAUUUUGUUUUCUUGGUGGCAAAAAUAUCAAAAAAUCAUUCCUUCUUGGUGCUCCAUCCAUCCCUUCCCCUCCAUCGUCUGCAACUUCCUCUCCACACGAACAAAAUCCAAGGCAUCACCACCAUUGAGCGCCACAGCUGUAAGUGCUCAUUCCACGCAGGGAAUGGGGGAGGCUUGGGUGACCUCAAUGACAACCUCCAUGCAGAAUGCGCAGAAACGAGGCCUUUUUUGCUUCAAUCGAAUGCUGCAAGUUUGAAUCCCAAUUUCUUCAAUCUGAUUCUCCUUCAAAUUCCUGAUGAAAUCAAUAGUUUGGAGAGGUCGUUCAGUGAGGUGGAAGGGUCUAAUUGGCUUUGCUGAUGCUGGGAACGCCAAAAACAGCUGUUUUGCAGCUGCUUCACCUUCUUCUUCUCACUAGGCUGUUUAACAGAAAGGGAACUGGAAAUGGAUGGCAGAAGCAAAGAGCCAGAAUCAGAAUCAUUGCCUGGAACUUGCCAUUGUUGUCAAUGGGUUGCCAGACAUCUCUCUAGGUGAAAGUUAUCUUGUUCACUCAAGCACUGUGAAUGAUGCAUAAUCACUUAGAAACAAAAGUCUAGAUGCAGAAUUUCUUGGAAGUACUGUUUUUGGUGAAUGGUUGGAAGGAAGUUAAAAAAAAAAAAAAUUGCUGUUUGGUGACCAAUACUUACUGGUACUGUGACUCAGUUUGACAAAGAAACUGGUAAAGUGGUCUAUGAAGAUUGUGAUUUCAAAGAUAUUGACUGGCACGAGUCGGAAGAUACCCUUUUGCCUCUAGAUAUCACAAAGGGUGAGCGUGUACAAAGCAUCCUACACUUGUGGAUAUUGCAGCUCCACUAAAAUCAUUGGCAUCGAAAAUUAUCAAGAACAGCCAGAAAACCUGGGAAAAAGUGACUGGACGCAAAAUUGCAAGGCUAAAAGUACAGGAAAUGAAGGUGCAUAAAGAAAUUUCAAUGCCAGAGAUUAAUGACAGAUGGUAAAAAGCAUGAAUUUCUAACUGCAAAAGGGCUGUUGAAUAAGAUAAAUAAAACUGUGAAUGCUGUGCAUUUCAUUGGUAAAGUUUUGCUAUGUUUUACAUUUGUUGAUUUAUGCUGCUUAAUUGUUGUAGAAGGGGGAAAAACUCAUUUGCUUCUGUGCAAUUUGUCAAAUAUGGUUUGAGAUAGUGGUUUUGAAGAUUAA